GCAUGUUGACAAUUUUGACCUAAUCCAACCUGUACACUCCAUCUUUGUCUAUCUAUAUAAUUAUAAAUAAAUAAAUAUGGGAUACCUCUCUUACUCUUACUCAUACUCAUUCUCCAUUAAUCAUCAUCAUCAUCCUCACUCAAAUCAUGGCCUUUGUUCAUAGUUUCCAGGUGGAACGCCUAACUUUUGUCCCUCUGGAUAAACUCUUCAGAGAUAUUAAAAGAAAUGCUUUUCAUGUCAUCCCAAAACUGGAUCAAAUCAUCUUGAGAGUUCAAACCCUUCAAGGAGAUGGAGGCCCUGGUACCCUCCUCAACAUAAUUAAGAAACCUCAAGAGGGUAUAAUCUCGAAGAAUGUGGUGCUCAAAGUUGAUGAAAUUGACGAGGCUGAGAAGAAAUAUGGAUACAGCGUAGUUGGUGGGACAGAUUUCGACGAAACCAUGACGGAGAGGAUUUCAUACAAAAUAAAGUUGGAGGAGAAUGAUGAUUGUGAUGGCUGCAUCGCAAAUAUCUCAGUCGAAUUCCACGGCAGAGAGCGUAGAAAUAUGUCUGAUGAACAAAUUGAUGAGCAAACAAAUGUCCAGGGCUUUUACCUCUUCGAUCACAUUAUUAAUCUCACUGAAGAAUGAAGAAUGCUGAUUAUUAACUCACAAUUACAAACUUCUUUGUGUGCUUUUGUUUCUUUAAUGCAAAUAAUCAUACAGAUGUAACACGUUCAUACUGUCCAACAGUAAAACUUGUCUGUGGUUUCUUUUAUUCAUAUAUGCAAUAAAUAUUAUAUAUAUUCGCUCUUAAAGAUUAAUUUGUUA